UUAGGGAAACGUCAGUUUGUGUUGUAUUUAUUAUUUUACGAGUUUAUAAAUGAGCGCCGAAGAAAUGGAAAAAUCUCAACUUGCAGCCGUUCUGCAAAUUUUGAAAAAAUACAAUUUAAAGGGCACUGAGGAGCUGCUACGAAAGGAGGCCAAUCUCGGUAAUAACAUAGCUGAUGGCCCUUUGCAACAAAAUUCAGACGUUAGUAGCGUUCUGACGGGGUACAAGAGUGACGGAGAUCCAGAAACCUAUGAGGACUCUUACAUGGAGUUAAAGCGUUUUGUUGAGGGCUCCCUUGACAUUUACAAACACGAAUUAGGCAUGAUUUUAUACCCAGUUUUGGUCCACAUGUACCUCGAAUUGGUUUAUAAUGGACAUACGGAGAAAGCGAUAAACUUAAUGAAAAAAUUUGGCCCCGAACAAGACUCGUACUAUCAGGAGGAUCUCAGGAAGUUGGCUUUGGUCACAAAACGGGACCAUAUGAACGGGAACGAAUUGACAGACACCUUCAAAUCAAACCAGUUUAUUAUUCGAAUGUCGCGUGACACUUUGUCACUUUUAAAACGUCACUUAAACGACAAAAAAGCGUCAGUUUUGCUGAACAUCAUCCAGGAACAUCUCUACUUUGAUAUGUACGAAGGCGUAGCGAGGAACAAAAGCCAGAUUGAUGCCACGUCAGGUGCCGUUGGGGGAGAGGCAAAACGACAAGAUAAUAAAACCAAAGUCUAUUACGGCAUCCCCAAAGCCCCCGACAUUCAGGCACUAGCAGCGCCAGUCGAAGACGAGGACGAAGGCGGCGAACAGGACAAUCCGGACAAACCUAAGAAGAAAAAAGCCAAAAAAGACCCACUUUUCUCGAAAAAAACAAAAAAUGACCCAAACGCUCCACCGCCUGAUAGAAUUCCAGUCCCGGACAUGAGAGACCACGAUAAGUACGAAAAAGUGAAGGCGUACAGAGAGGCCUCAAAGAGAGUUACGUUAGGCCCGGAUUACCUCCCUUCAGUUUGUUGUUACACCUUACUUAACGCCAAUCACACGGUUAAUUGUGCUGAAAUCACCGAAGAUUCGAGUAUGCUGGCGGUGGGUUUCAGCGAUUCAAUUGUUAAAGUCUGGACACUUGUGCCUCAAAAACUGAAGGCUAUGAAAAGUGGGGAGCAGCUGGAGGAUGUCAAUGUUGACGUAGAGGAUGUCGUGGUGAGAAUGAUGGAUGAAAGGUCCGGUGAGACUUCCAGAUCGCUUUACGGCCAUUCAGGGCCUGUUUACUCGGUAUCAUUUUCCCCAGACAAGACUCUCCUUAUCAGUUGUUCGGAAGACACAACAAUAAGAUUAUGGUCGUUGCAAAUAUGGACUUGUCUGGUGGUCUACAAAGGACACAUGUUCCCCGUUUGGGACGUCAAAUUCUCUCCCUUGGGCUAUUACUUCGCUUCGGCGUCGUACGACCGCACUGCGCGACUUUGGGCCACCGACCAUUACCAACCGUUGCGAUUAUUUGCCGGUCAUUUCUCCGACGUCGAUUGCGUCCAGUUUCACCCAAAUUCCAAUUACGUUGCGACCGGUUCCAGCGACCGCCGCGUCUGUUUGUGGGAUUGUACGACGGGAAAUCAUGUCCGACUUAUGACUGGGCAUAAAUCGCCCAUAAUGUCUUUGGCGUUCAGUGUUUGUGGGCGGUUUUUGGCUUCCGCGGGGGUGGAUUGUAAAGUGUUGGUUUGGGACUUGUCCCAUGGACACUUGGUUGCAGAACUCACCGGGCAUGAGAAGCCCAUCCAUGCACUUGCUUUCAGCAGAUGCGGGAAUAUUCUAGUUUCAGGAGGGUUGGACUGUUUGCUCAAAGUUUGGGAUUUUACCAAACUGACUGAGGAAAUCAGCUCGGAGGAAGUAAAUGUGUCGCAUAAUCCCGAUGUGAGGAUCGGGGAUGAUUAUUUAUUGAGGAGUUUUGCGACGAAGAGCUCGCCAUUGAUCAGCCUUCACUUUACGAGGAGGAAUUUGCUAUUGGCUGUUAGCAUGUUUGAUGGUGUUAGCACUUAGUUUAUUGUAAUGUGUAUUAUUUACCUUGAUAAGAAAUAAAUUUUUUAACGAUU